AUGAGGAUUUUUGUGUUAGCCGCUUUAGUCACAUUAGCGUACGCCUCCUACGAAGAGGAUCACGGCGGCUCCACUUACCACGAAACGUCGAAACCCGUGGAAAUUCCAAUUUACAAAAAAUACGCCAUACCGAUUCCCCAUCCUGUUCCAGUGCCGAUUCCACAGCAAAUCAAAGUUCCGAUACCACAACCGUACCAAGUCGAGGUACCAGUCCCUCAUCCAGUGCCCGUAGAAGUGGUCAAACACGUCGAAAUUCCAGUAGAGAAGCCUGAGCCGUAUGUAGUGGAGAAAAAGGUGCCGUACGUAGUCGAGAGGCCGUAUCCGGUAACGGUCGAGAAGCACUUUCCGGUGCCAAUUCCGAAACCAUAUCCAGUUCACGUUCCUGUCUACAAGCACGUGUUCCAUCACCAGAGCAAAGGACACGGAUGGAAGCACUGA